AUGCUGUUACAGGGGCCGGAUGUGACGAAUACCCUGAUAGGUGUACUGAUGAAGUUCAGACAGGAGAAGAUUGCGGUCACAGCAGAUAUCGAGGGUAUGUUUCUGCAGGUGGUGGUUGCUGAACAGGACAGAGACUGCCUUCGAUUCUACUGGCUGCCCGCGGAUGGACAAGCUGUCCUAACGUAUAGGAUAACCAGGCAUUUGUUUGGUGCCACUUCGUCUCUGGCUUGUGCCAACAUGGCUCUGAAGAAGACACUGGCCGAUCAUGGUGACAAGUAUGGGGUAGAAGCCAGAAAUGUGAUGAACAAGAACUUCUAUGUGGAUGACUGCCUCUCCUCUGUGAAUAGUCAGGAGCGAGCAUUCGUCUUGGUGAAUGACCUGACUAACCUUUGUCUGGAUGGAGGCUUCCAUCUGACCAAGUGGAUGAGUAAUGAUAAAGAGGUGCUAGGUGCCAUCCCCGAACAGGAAAGAGCGCCUGAGCUAAAAUCAUUGGACUUGAACAUGGAUGAUCUGCCGGUAGCGAGAGCACUUGGUGUGCAAUGGUCACCUCAGUCAGACACGCUCAGCUUUAAUGUAGCGCCUGCGGAAAGAAGCUUAACGAGGAGAGGGCUGCUAUCUAUCGUAAGCUCGGUGUUUGACCCACUGGGUUUGGUAGCCCCCUUCGUUCUUCCAGCAAAGAUCCUGCUUCAAGAAGUUUGCCGUCAGGGUCUGGAAUGGAACGAGCCAAUUGAGGGUGUUUCGCUGCAGCGAUGGGAAGUGUGGCUGCAGGAACUGAUCAGACUCAAAGAAUGGAACGUACCCAGAUGA